UUAUUCGGACACCAAAAAGUUUCCAUCCUGAGUGGUGGCUUAUUGGCCUGGAAAACCCAAAUGGCACGUUCGGCACAGUAUCACAUUGACAGCGGAGAUGAGCCGUCAGCGGGUCAAGGUAAAGUUAAACUUUUUUGCAGAAAUUGGGUUACUCUGACUUUAACGAUUUAUGUCCUGACUUUAGGAAACUUCCUCUCUUCUUGGAAUCAAUCGAUGGUGAUUACUUUCGACGAUGUGCUUUUGAAUACUGAACUGCAUAACUAUGAUAUUGUCGACGCCCAGACCAAAGAGGAAUUUUCUGGAGAUGCUUCUGGAGCCCUCUACGGACAUAUUGAAGGAGCUGUAAAUGUGCCUGUGGACACGUUGUACGACUGGAAGUUGAACAAAUGGAGAUCCGCUGCUGAGAUUGAAAGCGCAUUGAGAAACGCUGGGCUAACUCAUAGCAAACCAGUGAUCAUCUACUGCUCCACUUCACUUCGAUCAUCUAUGGUUUGGUGGGUACUGAGGCGGUUAAACUAUGAUGCUCGAGUUUACUUUGGCGGUUGGCCUGAAUGGGUUGUCCGAGCUCCGGAUGAACUCAAAGUUCUUGGAAAACACAUUACUGAAUAA